GGAAGAAGGGUUGGGACAGUUUAGAACCUGUCUUGACCAAGGCUGACCUGGAUGACAGUCUCAGCAGGUAUUAAGGAUGGAGGCCCUGUGGGAGAGCCCCUCCUGAUCUGGACAAUGUUCCUCUCCCAGGGAGCUCCCAGCAACAGCGGGGAGGGGCAUGAUCUGCCAGUGAGGUCACAGAGCCCAGCAGUGCGCUCAGGCAAAGGAACCCAGGCCCCAGAAUGAACUUUGACCAGAAGGCUGUGAAAUUCCUGGCAAACUUUUACAUCAAUGGAGGCAAACACUGGACUCGGGGCCCCCUGAGUCAGAAAUCUCUUCACCUCACCCAGUCCAAUGCUACUGUGCUAUGGUGGGACCAGGAGCUGGAGGCUGCCUGGGAUGAGAUGUGGCUCCCAAAGAUGAAAGCUUCAAGCGGCUUCAAAUUAAAAUCAGGCGCUCCUAAUGAGUCCACACCUAUUGUCACAGGGACUCUGAGGGAGCUGUGGCUAGAGAGACGUCCUCCAAUCCUGGCAGACCUGGAUGUCCCUGGCCCAACCCAGUAUGAGGCGACCAAUGUGUCUCUGCGAGAAUCUUCUCCACACCCCCAAUACACCAUCGGGCGCAAGUACCCGGGUCGAGAGGGUGGUGGCCGCAGGGCAUGGCAGACCAUGUGGCUCCAGAGUGAAAGCCCCUUCACACAGAAGACUGACUUCAACCGAGAGACAACGGUAGGGACACUGUGUGGGCCAGGUAGAGGAAGACGACCCGGCCCCAACACCUAUAACAUCUUUCCUGGGAGCCGUCUGCAGAGCAUACGCUCACCUGCCUUCUCCAUGAGCCGCUCUCCCGCGUUUGCAUCCUGGGUCAACUCCACCCGAACUCCAGGUCCAGCUGCCUACAGCGUGGAAGACUGCUACAAUUCACGCUUCCCGUCUCCACCUGGAGUAGUUAUCCAAGGAGUGCGGAGACCCAAGCGCCAUGACACAGGCCCCUUCUGCACACUGUAGGCCCAUCGGAUAUAGAUUGCAAACUGACCUCUCUUGAGGCUUUCCUAGGCUUCCUUUGGAACUCUUUGUCUGUAGCCUGGCCUGCUGACCCUCUAGACACCCCUCACCCACUCUUCUAGCUUAGGCUGUGCAAUAAGAAGAGUCUUCCCAGAGUCUCCCUAACCCCCACUAUACCGAGAUGCAAAUGAUUCUUCUGAACUGUGGUCUCUGGUGUCCUUGGUUGCCUAUCCUUUGCCUAAUGGGCUGUCUUGAAUAUGUGGCUUCCUGCUUCCCUGGUAUUUCUGGCUUUCUUUGUUCCUGCAUGGUGUUCUUUUCUUCAGGAUUGAGAUAGUAGCCUGGGAACUAACCCUAAGCUUUCUGACCUAGGAUAGAAUAGGAAAAGAACCCUGUGGCAAUGUGGGACAAAUUGAUCCAGUCACCAGAGGUCCAGCAUCUACCUGAGGAUCAGGGCUGCUUGCUUGGCUGUGGAACGAUUGGGAUGGGAUGGGAAGCCAGAACCUAUGGAGCUGUCUUCACACAGCCUUGCCCAGCCCAUGAGGUAGGACCCAGGGAGUCAGCUCACCAGACACGGGUCUACUGGAGCCUUGACCUGAAGAUUCAACUGUUUUUGCUAACUUGUGUUCUGAGAACCCAAGCCCAAAGCCUUCAGCCCUAGCCCCUGCCCAGUGAUGGCUCCCUCAGCACUGUUGACCUGCCUUCCUACUUAGAAGGAGCACCCUUCAGGAGCCUCACCUUGCAGCUAGUCAUAGCAGUUUCUCCAGGGCCCUCUCCAUAUUUUCUUCCUCACCCAGAUAUAGAUCUCACUAAAGAACAUUUUUAAAAUGUAUUUUAUGGUGUUUUGCUUGCUAGUAUGGUCCAUGUAUCAUGUGUGCUUAGUGCCCAGAAGACAUUAGGUUCCUUGGAACUGAUGUUACA